CUGACUUUGGCAUAAUUUCACGAUUUUGGCCGAGGUGCCAGGACUCUGCUGGCAUCCCCUUUCUCGUUCUUUCAGAGGCUCUGAUGUGAGACGGCGACCGUGGAUCUGCGACUGCAACUACGACUGCUGAGAGCCGGGCGGAGGACACGAUGACCACCAGCAGCGAGGAUGUGCUGCUCCAGAUGGGCGAGGUGCGGUACAAAAAGGGUGAUGGAACUCUCUACGUGAUGAACGAGCGGGUGGCCUGGAUGGCGGAGCACAGGGACACUGUUACGGUCUCUCAUCGCUAUGCAGACAUUAAGACCCAAAAGAUCUCACCCGAUGGCAAGCCCAAGGUGCAGUUGCAGGUCGUGCUUCACGACGGUAACACAUCAACCUUCCACUUUGUUAAUCGUCGAGGACAGCCUGCCAUGUAUGCCGACAGGGACAAGGUCAAGGAGCUGCUUCAACAGUUGCUGCCCAAUUUCAAGCGCAAAGUUGAUAAAGACCUUGAGGAUAAGAACCGCAUCCUUGUGGAAAACCCCAAUUUACUACAACUCUACAAGGAUCUUGUCAUUACCAAAGUGCUAACUAGCGAUGAAUUUUGGGCCACUCACGCCAAGGAACAUGCCCUAAAGAAGAUGGGCAAGUCCCAAGAGAUCGGUGUCUCUGGCGCUUUUCUGGCCGAUAUAAAGCCGCAAACGGACGGAUGUAAUGGCCUCAAGUAUAACCUCACCUCCGACGUGAUUCACUGCAUUUUUAAGACCUAUCCCGCCGUCAAACGCAAGCAUUAUGAGAAUGUGCCCGCCAAAAUGCCCGAGUCCGAGUUCUGGACAAAGUUUUUCCAGUCUCAUUACUUUCAUCGAGAUCGCCUUACUGCUGGCACGAAGGAUAUAUUCACAGAAUGCGGGAAGAUCGAUGAUCAGGCCUUAAAAGCGGCUGUGCAGCAGGGAGCUGGUGAUCCUUUGCUGGAUCUCAAAAAGUUUGAGGAUGUUCCUUUGGAGGAGGGCUUCGGCAGUGUGGCUGGGGAUCGUAACGUCGUGAACAGCGGCAACAUUGUCCACCAGAAUAUGAUUAAGCGAUUCAAUCAGCAUUCCAUCAUGGUGCUCAAGACCUGUACCAACGUAACCUCUGCACCGUCGACCAUGACCAAUGGUACCAACAAUGCCAACGGACCGGUUUCGCAAUCAGCCUACACGAACGGUGUAAAUGGGAAAGCCACUGCUUCCGCAACGAAGAGUUCCUCCAAUCAGGUGGACAAAGACGAGCCACAGAGCAAGAAGCAACGAGUGAUGGAAAAGAUUCAUUACGAGGAUUUGGGUGAACCCCUAAUAGAAGGAGACAACGUUGCCGGCCACGGAGACAAGGCCACCAAGUCCAAACAAUUCGAACUGUCUAAGGUGGAUCGAUACCUCAACGGUCCUGUCCAGAACAGCAUGUAUGAUAACCAUAACGACUCCAUGAAUUUGGAAGAGGUGCAGUACAGGCUGGUUCGCAACUCAGAAUCCUGGCUAAAUCGAAACGUUCAGCGGACUUUUAUAUGUUCCAAGGCAGCUGUAAAUGCCUUGGGAGAGCUGAGUCCUGGCGGUUCCAUGAUGCGUGGCUUCCAGGAGCAGUCAGCGGGACAACUUGUACCAAGUGACUUCCAACUAGAGCUGCGUCACUUAUACCUAUCGCUGUCCGAGCUGCUGAAGCACUUUUGGAGCUGUUUUCCGCCCACCACCGAGGAGCUGGAGGCAAAGCUGCAGCGCAUGCACGAGACCUUGCAACGCUUCAAAAUGGCCAAACUAGUGCCUUUUGAGAAUCGCGCCAUGCACGAACUCUCGCCGCUGCGCUCCUCGCUGACCCAGCACAUGAACCAGCUGCUGAGCACCGCCAAUGCCAAGUAUGCUACUUGGAAGGAGCGAAAAUUGCGCAACACCAGGUAGCAAACGCCCAAUGGAGGCGUUCUCGAGCGUCUGCCACACACCUCAAGAACCAUUAUUAUAGACUAGGAAUAACUAUAAGCGUAUGCGGAACGCAUUGGAAUAAAACAUUAUUUGCAACUUGGUA